UGUUGUCAGGUGAUUUUUUAAUCAUGUGACUGUUAGCUAGUUUUGGCGGUGAAAUUUCAGGUCAGCGAGCUGGCUAGUGAGGAAGAGAGCAAUAAGGAAUUCUGCUUACAACCAAGUGAAUCAAAAUGCCUCAUUAACACAAAAGUGUAUCUCAAAAGAGAAAAGAGACAACGGACUAGGAGAGAAAGAUAAGCAAGUUGCCAGAGUGAGAUGGCUUUUUUAAAAGCUGUGGCCAACACGCGAUGCAACCUCAAAGCGUCUGCCUGACCACUACAGUUGGUUUUUUACCUUCUGGGCUAGUUCAUGUCCUGAUUUAAGCCCGAGAUCGCUCGACACUCAUCAGUCUCCCAGCUUGUGAAAACGCUUAUUGUGGAACAAUUAACGUCUAGCCACCUUACAUGAGGUGUCUAGGCUACUGCACCGCUGUUGUUUAUACCGGACACAGCCUGCAACUGCAGAUCACCCAUUUUCUAAAUUAAAAUCGAUCAAGAACUACCUGAGGAACAGCACCUGACAGGAGAGACUGCAUGGGCUGGCUAUACUUUCUAGCGUCAGAGGCCGGGAGCUGAACUUGAAGGAGAUUGUGGAUGACUGCACAAAUCAAGGCUCGCCGGAUGGCCUUCGAAUGCGUCUAGCCAUGGAGCUUAGUUUUUUGCCUCGCUCCCUUUGGGCAAGCGACGCCAAACUUCUUCAGCACCACGUUACGGAUCUUUUCACAAGUGUACACGUCACAAGGGACCUGUCAGCCGGGGCAUCGUUUGGACCGUGCGUUCUCCAGAAUACUUUUUACGACACCAUCGCCUUCAUCGCCUUGAAAUCCUGCGAUAAGAGGAACAAAUCCUGUGUUUUCCGGGUAGAUGCAGAGGCUGUGAAAAGUUCACCUUUGGUGCUUUCCUGGUUAAGACUUGUGCAGGCGGCGAGCAACAAAGAAGAACAAAAUAUGGAGGCAUACCUAAGGAGUGGCCAGUUGUAUUUUCGGUCCACGCGCAGUAUACAAAAAGAUGAAGAACUACUCGUCUGGUACGACGAAGAACUGUCUCAUCUAUUAGGAUUCAACGAGAUAAAGACAAGAACGCUCACACACGGAUUCAGAUGUACAAAAUGCAACCAGGCCUUCAAAAACGAGUAUCCCUAUCUUGCGCACUGUCGUUUUCUUUGUGCGCAAGUGAAAAGCGACGUGCGCUGCCACGGAUUGCAAGAGCAGAAAACUGUGGAAAUUAAGAGACAGCAAAGGGUCACCGACUUUCACAAUAUCGCCAGGGAUCUGGAGCACAAAAAGACUAAUAUCAACGAAGAAGACUACGGCUCCCCGCGGAAAAGGAGGCGCGAGGACCUCGAUAGUACAAAGGCCAAAAAACCCGUUUUACUGGAGAAAACCAACAUCGCCAACGAUACUAAUAUAACUCUCACAACCAGAGAAGGCCAAACCGUACCGGAACUCGCCGCAUCCGUUCUGAAGCACAAUGCAGACAAGUAUCUGUUUAAGAACGAUCUUCCUGAAUGUAAACAAAGUGCAUUUACGGAGGUUAGGAGGGUAAAAGAGAGGCUAAAACUAGAGAAGGCUCCCGAGACAGAUGAUGAACCCGGAGUUAACCGGACUGGACAGGGCCGCGUGCACGCGGGCUCAAGUCUGCAGUCAGAUGGAAGUGCUUUCUCGUUCGUCUUGCCUAAGGGCACCCAUGAACAGCAAAAAAGCGCUUUCUGUAAACCAAGUAAAAGGACCAUAAACGACUCAUCCGUGCAUCCGUCCCAAGCAUUAACCAGUCCCCCUGAGCGCUCGGAGGAUAUAGCAGAAGCGAUUGCCUCUAAGACUAUUUUGGGAUAUGGCACCAUGUUGGGAUCCCGUUUAUUAAACGCCGAGCUCUCCAGUAGGCAGUCCGCGCCGGCAUCGAACGCCGCGAUGAAUGCUUACCCGUUCGCUUCAGAACACUGGCACAGACAUAUUGGAGUACAUGUACAGACCACCUCUUCUCUAACUCUACUUCCGCCGACGUUCACUUCCUUCGGGGUCUCAGUCCAGAACUGGUGCGCCAAAUGCAACCUGUCCUUUCGCAUGACCUCGGAUUUGGUCUUUCACAUGCGCUCGCACCACAAGAAGGAAUUUGCCCCGGAGUCGCAGGUGAGGAGGAGAAGAGAGGAGAAACUCACCUGCCCGAUUUGUCACGAGUAUUUCCGAGAGCGUCAUCACCUCUCGCGCCACAUGACCUCUCACAACUAAACUGUUAAAAACUCUAAUGUAGGCUGACGCUGCGCGUGGCCCCCGCGGUUAUGGGAGACCAGGAUAACGGCGAGUUGUGCUUUACGAUGUGAAAUUAAUUUGUAAAUGUAUCCCUUCCCAGAUUUAGAUUUUCAUAGGCACACGUGCAGCUAUAAAUAUUUUCAUUUCUGAUGCUGUUUAACCAAUAUUUCAUUUGUAUUUUAUGUUUAAACACGCGAGCGUUAUGCUUACUAAUACUUAAAUAACCUAGAUCCUUGUUGUAAUCACUGAAAUAUAUGAACUUUAGGCUUCAUCGAGAUGUACCAUUGACCGCAUCUGCGCCAAAUCUUAUAAAAAGAGUGUCCGUUAGAUGGCCCCAUACGCACACUUAUCGUUGUGAAUGCAAAUGUUCUUGCGUUAUAGGAAUACUAGUGAGUGGCCUGGUCUUGUUGGUCAGGUUAGAGUUAACAUACUUAAAUUGUGCCUUAGGAAACCAAGAGAGUGACUACAUGAUACGUUGAGAAAAUGAAUGAGAAUUGAUCUUCAAGUUAUAUUUUGAUUGUUACCUCAUGUUUUUCAUGUCUAUUAUUCAAGAGUGUGUAUUUAAUGUCUGUCAAAAAUAAUAUUGUUUAGAGUAUUUUUUGUAUCUUCAUUUUUUGUAGGGUACUGGUAUUCAUUAAUUGUUAUUUCGUCGAUUUAAAAUCUGAAAUGAUCUGUAAUUAAAAUAU